AUGUCUUCCUCAACAAUUGCUGACACUUCCAAUCUUCAUCAACGUAAUGUUGAACGUGAUAUAAAUACAAAUGCUACUCGAUUAUCAAAUAGUGAAAAUAAGAAAGCCGCUGCUGCUGCUACUACUAUAGGUGCACCAACGACUGAUGAUGAUAUGGAACCAUUACCAUCUCAACCAAGUGGUGCACAUAUGUUAAAUGAACCAGGUUCACUUCAAAAUUAUAUGCAAUAUUUAGAAGGCUCAUUAGUUCGUUUUGAUCCACGUUGGCGUAACUGGAUAAUACGUGGCAUAUUUUCAUUUAUUAUGAUUGCUUUAUUUGGUAAAUUAGUAGCUAUGGGACCACUUGUUGUUUCCGUAGUUAUUCUUCUUAUUCAAGUAAAAUGUUUUCAAGAAAUAAUCAAUAUCGGUUAUGUUGUUUAUAAAUCCCAUAAUUUACCAUGGUUUCGUACAUUAUCAUGGUAUUUUUUAUUUACAUCAGAUUAUUGGCUUUAUGGAGAAAGUUUAAUUCAUCAUUUCGGUUCUUUAAUGAAUAAAAAUAAUUUUCUUCAACCUCUCGUUACAUACCAUCGUAUGAUUGCAUUUCUUUUAUAUAUAAGUGGUUUUGUUGGAUUUAUAUUCAGUUUAAAAAAAACUUAUUAUUUAAAACAAUUUACACUGUUUGGAUACACACACAUUACUUUAAUGAUUCUUGUUACAUCAAGUCAUCAAAUGAUACAGAAUAUUUGUGAAGGUAUGAUAUGGUUUCUUUUUCCUGUAUCAUUGAUAAUCUGUAAUGAUAUAAUGGCAUAUGUAUUUGGCUUUUUCUAUGGACGAACACCAUUAACAAAAUUAUCUCCAAAAAAAACUUGGGAAGGUUUUAUUGGUGGUGGUAUAUCAACAUUAAUUGUUGGUUUUGUAUUAGCUGGUAUAUUUAGUCAUUAUCAAUUUUUUGUAUGUCCAUUAGAAUAUGAUGAAGAACUCGAGGGUAUAUCAACAUCAUGUAUACCAUUACCAUUAUUUCAAAAAACAACAUAUUUAAUGCCAAGACCAUUUUCAUUUCUUAAACGUACACUUGAAUUAUAUCCAUUUCAAUUACAUUCAUUAAUACUUUCAUUAUUUGCUUCAAGUAUUGGACCAUUUGGUGGAUUUUUUGCUAGUGGAUUUAAACGAGCUUUUCGUAUAAAAGAUUUUGCGGCUACAAUACCAGGACAUGGAGGAUUUGUUGAUCGAUUUGAUUGUCAAAUAAUUAUGGCUUUAUUUACCAAUGUUUACAUAUCAACAUUUGCACGUGUUGCAUCACCAAAUAAAUUAUUACAACAAGUCUUAGCAUUAACACCUGAAAAUCGUGAUGAAUUCAUACGUUUACUUCGUAAUUAUAUAAAAGAAUAA